AUCAGUGUGGUGCCGCUGAAUCUGUAUUUCACGGCUUUUUAAUUUAAUUUUAAAAUGAAUAUUUAAAAUUAACACUUUAAUGUGAUUGUGAUCUGCAGAUAUAUUCGUGUUCGUCAAAUAAAAAUAUGGCUAAUCACUACGAGGUGCCUAGUUGGGCUGGCAAGCCGCCGACAGGCCUCCACCUGGACGUCCUAAAAGGGGACAAGUUGAUACAAAAGUUGAUGAUUGACGAGAAGAAAUGCUAUCUGUUCGGACGGAACCCCCAGAUGAAUGACUUCUGCAUAGAUCACGCCAGCUGUUCCAGAGUGCAUGCCGCUUUCGUUUACCAUAAAGACUUGAAUAGAGCAUUUUUAGUUGAUUUGGGCAGCACACACGGGACCUUCAUUGGCAAAAUGCGUUUGGAGUCAAACAAGCCAACGCAGUUGCCUAUUGACUCUACCUUCCACUUUGGUGCUUCCACAAGAAAUUAUAUUAUAAGAGAACGACCAACGGGUAAUUCUCGGGGCAUAAUGGAGGACUUGCCCAACACAGAACAAGAGGGUGCAUUGUUGGGGCUUCCUGAGACACAGACAGAAUUAGAUAAUUUAACUGAAUUCAACACGGCACACAACAGAAGAAUUUCUAUGCUGGGCAUAUCUACUGAUGAUGGCAGUGAUGUUAUUAAGCCAGCCACAGGCACGAAGCGUUCCGCAACCAUGCCAGGUGGGAUCCCAAAGAAGCAGAAACGAAACGUCUCCUUCAACGAAGAGGUGGACAUCAUCAACCCAGAGGACAUUGACCCCACCAUCGGCCGGUUCAGGAACUUAGUCAAGUCUACUAUAGUGCCGAACGCUAAUGCUCCUCCGAGGAAGCUGAAAUUGCAGAGUGCUGAUGAUAGCCAACACCACCAUUCUCUGCGCCUGCAGGAGAUAUCGCGCGGGAAUGCAUUGUACUCAGACCUGCCAGCGCCCAGCUCGCAUCUCAGCCUCAUUGGAGCCAGACUCGGCUUGUUACUCCCGAAUCCAGCACCAGACGUGGAAUUGGAGGGUCCGGAGCCACAUCUCAACAUACAGCCACCUUUACCGCACUCGGCCCCCGAAGAAGCGAGUGCCUCCAGCGAGCCGAAAAAGAAGAAAUACGCAAAAGAAGCCUGGCCGGGACGGAAACCCGGGCUCAUACAGGGUGUCUGAGGGCACCCACAGGCUUAGCCCCCGGGCCCACGGCGCCUGUGCUAAGCCUACACCGCUUUGCAAGCGGAAAUGGACGUUAUAUCAACGUUUUGGAAUUUUUCAAGCGUCUCGUGCCAAAUAUGGCACAAUUUUUGUGUAAGUGCAUUACAAUAUAAGCUAUUGCAAUAUAGUGAACACGUUUUCGUUUUUAAAUACAACGGUAGCAAUAUAGUGUACACAUGUGAACACAAGUUUUAGUGUACACAACAACAUCGCGUACCAAUUAUGGUACAAUAUUUUUUUCAAGUGCAUUACAAUUUACAAUACACUCGGUAGCAAUAUUAUAUACACAUUU